UCACACUCACACUUAGCAGCGUAUCUGUCCCUGGUUUGCAUCCCAUGUUUUCAGAGUUUUCACAUUAGCAAGGCAUCCAUGGGACGCAGAGCCGCUGUCAGUCCGGGUUAUCCCCGAUUUUUCUCACUGCGGACAUACCGCGAAUUUUCCCAUAAUCCGCUGCCAACUCAAUGCUGAUCCGAUAAAUCCCAGUGUGAACACUUUUGUCCCUUUUUUGCUUCUCUCUCCCCCCGCUAAGUCUUGUCGUCGGAAGCUGAUUGGUCUGCAUCUCCAGCUCCCCAAAUGCUUCGUCCGCCAUUUUUUCCCCGCUACCUAAACAUUUCAGCGGUACAUCUCCAUUGGUGCCAUCUCUAUUCUUCUCUCCCCGUCUUUUGCAUCCUGAUAAGUUCGUGUUACGCGCCUCACAUUUCCAACCCCCCCCCUUAAAAAAAUGUUUGCCUAGCGGUGAGCGAUUGUGGUCAUGAUGAACCAAACGUUUCAGUGACAACCCCUCUCCACUCAAAACUCUCUGCAUUUUGACAAUUCAAUCAGGAACCACCAUCGACAUUUUCCAGUAAUGAAAAAUAAAAUUGGCCAUAACGUUUCUGCGUUCUGUGGAUGCAAAGGUGCAUUGAGACAUCUCCAAUUGUGUGUUCUACAUAUUUUGACUCCUUUUUUCGGGAUGGGAAUGGGGUUGGGGCAGUGGGUGGUGCCCUCAAACGAGGUUCAAACUCACCCCUUCUGGGAUCACGUGAUUUUUGUGGACCAAUGGGGUGCCAUUAUUUGCUGGGCGGGAAAUUCAACUCCUGCGAUCUGUGCCACCUCCGUGCACUGCUCAACGGUUGCUCAAGGAAAUGGCUGCACUAAAACCAACCAGUGGGAGAGGGGUCUCCUGGAGGGAGAAGGAGACAUUGGACCUCAUUGAAUUUUGGGGUGAGGAGAAGGUGCAAGAGGCACUAUUGCUCUGUCACAGGAACAUUGAUGUUUUCGAGCGCAUCUCAGAGCAGAUGGUGGCGAGAGGCCAUGCAAGAACCGCACUCGAAUGCCGGACAAAAACAAAAGCUUUGAGACAGGAGUACAAGAGGGUCGCGGCACACAAUGGAAGAUCGGGAAAUGCCCCUGCAACAUGCCCUUUCUAUGCACAGCUUGCAAGAAUUUUCAGAGGGGAUGCAAGCAUACGGCCACAAAGGGUGGCAAGAAGUCUUAACCUGCAGUCGGUGAGCAAUGCCGACCCCAUGGGGGAAGAUCGGUCGAACCAUGGCGUUCCCGCUCCAUGGGAGGGAUCAGAGGAACUAUUCACACAUCCAAUGGUCACUCUACAUCUUCAGGCGGUCCCCGCUUCCACUCCCAAUUAUUCAGGUUCUUCCACAGAACAAGAAACAUCAAUCGGAGAAGCCCCCCCAAUGGACAUGACCGAUCCAGAGGAUGAAAAUGCCGCAGACGAUCCAGAUUUAACUCAGAUAGAGGAGUUCCCGGAGGUGACAGGACAGGGUGCAGAGGAUCCGCAAGGAGAUCUGAACAAUCCACCAGCAGUGGAACAACCGCAGGUCCCCACGGCACAACUGUCUCCUGCUACACGCUUAGAAAAGGCGCGCACCAGAACCAGGCGCGUCUCUGUCCUCACCAACGUUGCAGAGAGAAUGCUAUCUCAGGCACAGAGGGAGGAACAAAACAACAGAAAGGAACGUGGAGAAAUUCUGGAGGCAACCAGCCAUUGGCGUGCAGCCAUGGAAUCAGAGACAAGAUGGCACGAGGACAUUAUCAGGGAGGCAAGAGAGGAUCGUAGGGCUUUUAUUGAGGCACAGUCACAAAAUAUGGAGGGGCUUAAUAGGGCUGUCGGUGCCCUCAGCUCCUUGACUGAACUCUUUGUCAGGGAGCAAAGAGCAGGCCCGGUUGCAGAAACUUCCCAAAAUGCCAACAGCAAAACACGCGAUAACGAUCAUGAGAAGGCACCACUAAGAAAAAGGGCUCGGAUCAUUAAAAAGAGAGAAAGAUAUGAUCCAUCCCUCUGAGCCCCACAUGUUUUUCCAGUGCAGCAUUUGGGUUGGAAUCUGCAUAUCACACGUAUCAUUGCUGUUGAAAUUAUGUUUGUCACAGCUGUAAUUGUGUUUUUCGAUGUUGGCGAGGGGUUGACAAUGGCCAUUGAAAAAAAUUGGUUUUUGUUUCCCACCGCAAUCCAGGUGCGGUUUGCCAGAUCUAUUUUUUGACCACGGUUGUUUGAAAUGUUGACCCAUGGGAGAAACUACACAGUUUUAAAUUUGUUUUUUAUUCUUUUCAAAACUUGAAAGAUUACAUGUGAGGCAUCAUAUGGACACUUAACUAACAUGCAUGUUAAAUAAAUCUUUUCUACAUCUCCUUAAACCUUGACAGCACAUUAUCAAUGUCGGACCUCAAUUUCUUGUUCUCCUCAUUCAAAUUCCUCACAUUGUUUUCUAGCUUCUUCACCAAGGCCUGCAGGCUGUCCAUCCUUCUGUUGGUUUUCUUUGCUGUGGAAACAAAAGGUGUAAGCGCAGAGUGGCCACUUCUGUGUUCACAAACGUUGUAAGUCAUUGAUGGUUACUUACCGCAGCUGAGGCAUGUUCCCACUGCCUUGUGAACAGUCUCCAGUAUCUCAAGGGGCUGUUCCCUUGCCAAAGAUGAAGAAGGCACAUUUACAGUGUGUAGUGGACACCGCGCUUGAAUGCAUUCCUCACAGGGGUCACCUGAAAAGGGGGUUUGGAGAACUUGAUUUAAUUUUGUUCAUUGUCAUUACAGAGCACGUGUUUAACAUGUGGCAGAAUGACGGUGUAGUUAGUUCCAUUUGUGUACCUGAAUGCUCAGUCAGCUGUUCUGGUGGAAUCACUGCUUGCUGAGGUGUGACUUCUUCAUUGAACUCGGAGCAGUUUCCCUCUUCUUGCUUCACUGCCUCAGAACUGGGUUGCAAGGCCAUUUCAUCCAUUGGCACGGUCACCUCUGAGCCUGUUUCCUCCGUGGGCUCCUCCUCCCCCUCAUGUCUGUAUGAUGUUGCUGGAGAAACACAUGAAGAGAAUUAAAACAUCAGUAAGAGCAGUAUUGAUGAAAUGUUAUGAACAAGGAAUUCUGACUAAUUCAAAAAAUGGGGCAAGGGAAUGUUGAAAUGCUGAUCACCCUAGGCAACCGAUGCUGUAUCAUGUGUAGGGAUUUAGGGAAUGCCGUUUAGAUUAGAAGGCCGGUUUGGGAUCUUGGGCAGGGAGGGGGGGGAAUACCCAUGGAGGAAUGAUAAGGGCUGAGGUGUGUGGAAUGCUGUUUUUACUUACCGCACAGUAGCCGAGUCAUCUUUAAGAGAACACAUUAAAAAUAUGUGCCGACAUAAACCAUAAACCUUUCCCAAAGAACAGAAACAAAACAACUUUUAAACAUGGUGGGAUAGUCUUCAAGGACAGGGCACAGUCCCAGUGCCGUUCAGUGCCACGUGUUCCUGUGUUCCAUGUGCUGAUCCCAACACAGCAUGCCUGUUCUGGGGUUUUUCCUUGAAAACUUCCAUCCAACAUUCCUCUCAUUCAGGAAAUUGGUGCCUUGUACCAACAUACAUUUCCAUCUUAG